AUGGCAAAGAAAGACAAGAAGAGUAAGGAAGCCAAAAAGGCUCGUGCUGCAGAGAAGCAAAAGAAAAACUUGUCCAAGGCAGAAGUGAAGAACAAGAAAUUGGCAAAGAAACAAGGCGACGAAGAAGAGGAGGACGAAGACAUUGAUACGAUUUUGGCCAACUAUGCAAAAGAACAGGAAGAGUUUACCGAAAUCAAAAUUGAAGUAUGCAGGAGCCACCCGCAUAGACGAUUGAACCCAACUAUGGUUGCUUCUCCCUUGCACAAUAAACGAGAAAUCAUUUUAUUUGGUGGUGAAUCAAGCGAUGGGAAAACGUCACAUUUCCAUAAUGAUUUGUACACUUAUUCAGUUGAUAAUGAUACUUGGAGGAAAUUCGUUUCCAAAAACGCUCCCUUACCUAGAUCUUCGCAUGCCAUGUGUGCUCAUCCAUCAGGAAUCCUUUUAAUGUUUGGCGGUGAGUUUUCAUCACCUAAGCAAUCAACAUUUUACCACUAUGGAGACACUUGGAUCUUGGAUGCCGACACCAAAGAAUGGCAAAAGAUUGACGCAAAAAAGGGACCUUCUGCAAGAUCUGGUCAUCGGUUAGCUGUUUGGAAGAACUUUAUCAUCCUUCAUGGAGGUUUCCGUGAUUUGGGUACAAUGACUACCUAUCUCAAUGAUGUUUGGAUAUUUGAUGUGACAGAAUUUAAGUGGCAGCAGGUUGAGUUUCCACCCAACCACCCAAUUCCUGACGCUAGGUCCGGACACUCGUUCAUACCUUGUGCUGAUGGUGCUGUGUUGUAUGGAGGAUACACUAAAGUCAAGGCUGGCAAAGGUUUACAAAAGGGUAAAGUGUUGAGUGAUUGCUGGAUUUUGAAAAUGAAGAGUGAUCCAAAAGGUGUUCGAUUUGAGCGGAGAAAGAAGCAAGGUGUUUUGCCACUGCCUCGUGUUGGAUGCUCGUUGGUGUAUCAUAAAAACCGAGGUAUUUUAUUCGGGGGAGUUUAUGACUAUGAUGAAAGUGAAGAGCAAUUGGAGUCGGAGUUUUUCAACCAAUUGUAUAGUUAUCAAAUCGAUAGCAAUAGGUGGUACAAUUUGAGCUUGAGACCACAGAGGAAGAAGAAAGAGGCAAUUAAAGAGAAAUCAAGAGACGAGGAUUUGGAAGAUAUUUUGAACUCCAUCUUGGCCAAGUCCAACUUGAACGAUGAAGAUGCUGAUAACGUUGCCGAGUUGGAAAAAAUCAAGGACGUUGGGGAGAAGCUGGAGGAGGAGGAAGAGGAUCUAACCAAAGAUGCUGUUGAGUAUCCAAUCAUGAGCCAGCUACCACAUCCUCGUUUCAAUGCCACCACUUGUGUUGUGGAUGAUGUUUUCUAUAUAUUUGGUGGUGUAUUUGAACGUGGUGCACAAGAGUUUAGUUUGGAUUCGUUUUAUGCCAUUGAUUUGGGUAGAUUGGACGGAGUCAAAGUCUUUUGGGAAGAUUUAUCUGAGCUAGAGAAAGCGGCGGAAGAAUCGGAAGAUGAAGAUGAGGAAGAUGACUUUGAGUAUGAAGAAGAGGACAUGGAAGAUGCAAGUGGAAACGAGGAUGAAGAGGAAGAGAAUUUUGCUGAAGUUGAGGAGCAAGAGGAGGAGCCAUCGUCGGAUGACGAAGAGGAAGAGUUUCCAGAUCCAAGACCAUGGCUACCUCAUCCCAAACCGUUUGAGUCUUUACGAGCAUUCUAUGUUAGAUCAGGUGGUGAUUUCUUGGAAUGGUCUAUAUCUAGCCAUCGGGAGGCACGUGGGAAGUAUUUGAAAAAAGUUGCAUUUGAAUUGUGUGAAGAUAGGUAUUGGGAAAGAAGACAGGCAGUCUCUGUGGCCGAGGACAAUUUGGAAGAGAUGGGUGGUGUUGGCGAAGUUAUCGAGAAGGAUACUAGUAAGACAGCUAAGAGACGAUAA